AUGCGAUCGGCAACAUCAAAAUUGUCAACAUUAACAACAUCGACAACGUCAACAACAUCAACAAUAACGACAACAUCGACAACGUCGACAACAUCGACAACAUGGACAACGUCGACAACGUCGACAACAUCAAAAAUAACGACAACAUCGACAACGUCGACAACAUCAAGAAUAACGACGACCUAUAUGCCUAGCAGAUGGUUGAAUACCAGCAGUAUGAGUUUUUCACGAGACGGACACACAGCAUCCAUACUAAGCAAUGGAAAAGUCUUAGUAGCUGGUGGAUUUGGUAAUAGUGGCUAUGCGACUAGUGCAGAACUGUACGAUCCAUCAACAGAACUUUGGACAAUAACUGGUAACAUAAAUGUUAUACGAUCCGGUCACACAGCAUCCGUGCUAACCAAUGGAAAAGUCUUGAUUGUUGGUGGAGACAAUGGUAGUAGGCCUGUGGAUAGUGCAGAACUGUACGAUGCAUCUACAGGGCUUUGGACACAGACUGGCAGGAUGAGUUUUGGACGACAUUCACACACAGCAUCUGUACUUACUAACGGAAAAGUCUUAGUUGCUGGUGGAUUUGAUGUCAAUGGCUGGUUGAAUAGUGCAGAAUUGUAUGAUCCAUCCACAGGACGUUGGACCAGGACUGGUAACAUGAAUGUUGAACGGUUCCUUCACACGCAAUCGGUACUAACUAAUGGCAAAGUCUUGGUUGCUGGUGGAUAUGGCUUUAGUUUCGAUUUAAAUAGUGCAGAACUGUACGAUCCAUCAACAGGAGUUUGGACUAUGACUGGCAACAUGAGUUUUCCAAGAAAUGAUCAUACAGCAUCCGUACUAACCAAUGGAAAAGUCUUAGUUGCUAGCGGACAGGGUCGUGGGAACUAUAUAAAUAGUGCAGAAUUGUACGAUUCAUCAACAGGAUUUUGGACUACGACUGGUAGCUUGAAUGUUGCACGGUUUUCUCACAGGGCGACGAUACUAACUAAUGGAAAAGUCUUAGUUACUGGUGGGCUUACUUAUCAUGGCUAUUCGACGAGCGCAGAACUGUACGAUCCAUCCACAGGACUUUGGACAACGACUGCCAACAUGAGUAUUGCCAGAUACUCACACACAGCAUCCACUCUAAGCAAUGGAAAAGUCUUAGUUGUUGGUGGAUUCUGGAAUAGUUACUUUUUGGAUAGUGCAGAAUUAUAUACAUGA